AUGCUGAGAAAUCUCCGAUCCCGUCGUCACCCCCGUUACGGCGUGUUCCUGUGCGUCGUCGUGGUCGUCGUUUCGGGUCUCCUUCUGUUGGCGUGCGUCACCGUCUCCCUCCUCCACAGCCCGCACUCCCACCCCUCCUCUCGCGAUUUCAACUACGACUCCCUCGUCUCCGAUUCCGGCAACGACGACUCCGUCGCCGACGACGAAACCCUCGACACCAUCGACACCCUCGACGUUGUGGAGGACGAGCCAGAGGACACCAUCGACGCCGAUGUCGACACCGACGACGAGGAGUCCCUCGACCAGAACGCCGCCGCCUCGGGGUACUUCUUCCACCACGCCGAGGGCGUGAUCCGAAGGGCCUUCAGCAAGAGCUCAUUCAUCAAUUACGACAACAACAAACCCUUCGUGGACCCCACGGAGGAUCGCAGCAAGACCGCGUUUGGCUCCGACGACGUCGCCGUUGAGGAGAACGUGCGAUCCAAGGCGAUUCAAGUGAAGGGCGUUGAGGACGCGCUUUUGUUGAAGAGCACGGGAAGGAGGGUUUCUCCUUUAAGAGAAGGUUGGGGUGAUUGGUUUGAUAAAAAAGUUGACUUUUUGAGAAAGGAUAAGAUGUUGAGGUCUAAUUUAGAGGGUUUGAAUCCUCUGCGUAAUCCCAUUCUUCAAGAUCCUGAUGCUCUUGGUCUCACUGGGAUCACCAAAGCUGAUAGAAUUAUUAGGAAUUCUCUAUUACGUGACCUUAAGACUAAGAAGCUUCCCUAUUUUCCUCCUAGGAAGAUCAUUCAAUACCACAACAACUUGCUCUAA